AUGUCAUCGAUGGGCGUUCCAUGCUUUGUGACGCCCGGUUGCCGCAGGAACCGAUGGCCAAUGGGAAGCCGCGGAUCUGUUUGUGGCGCCGCCCCCGGAAUGAAGCCGGAAGCGGCGGUGGAGCAGCAUGUCCGCCUUGUACCUGAGCACCGGCACCAUGGCCAGGUACCGGGGAGUGGGGUUACUGGGAGUGUGAUGGAUGAAGAUGGACAGAGCCUGCGCCGUCAGAAACUUGACAAUCAGUGGAAUCUUCUCAAACAGAAGCAGAGACGGAAGCGACAGGACAUCCUGAUGGUGCAGGCAAAUCCAGAGGCGAAGGUGAAGCCCAGGCAGCCCCGGAAAGCUGAGGAGCAGGUCUCAUUGUUCAAAACGCACAGCAUCAGUCUGCUGUCAGAUCUCUCCUGCAAGAUUCCAGCGGAGGAAAUUGCCAUCUCUCAUCUACAGUUAGAGUCCCUCGACAAUGGGGAUGGCUCGUUUCUUGACAGAGACAUUUGCGAAGUGGCUAAAAUCAACAGGGAACAAACGUGGGAUCUGGGAAAAGAUAUCCUGGAAGUGGACGUGGAGGAACUGGACGGGGAUGGGACAGAGAAUCUGAGUACUUGCUUGGAAUUCAGAGAAACAACAACAAGGACCAAGAGAGCUGAGAGAGUGGGGAAAGAAAUGUUGGAUGCCAAUCCGAGAGAGCUCGAUCAGACGGUCAAACUGCAAACUCCUUUGAAGGUGAAAUCCCAACCAGGAGCAAAUCGAGAGAAAAGGCCGAGAUGGAAAGAAGCAUUCCCAGUGACAGAAACUCCGAUUCCGGACUCUAACUCUGGCACAAACUCUUCACCGCUUGUUACCUCCCGGAUGGUGAAGAAGAAGAAACCAAAAAGGACAGGAGUCAAUGACUGCACUGUCCAGGAAGAGCUGCAGGAGGUUGAGGAGAGGGUUGAGAUUUUUACGGUGGAGGAAUCGAGUGAAGACCAGGAGGAGGAGCUCACUGCCCUGACAGUCUCAGCAAAACGGAACAGAGGAACCAAGAUAAGAGCUCAUUCACAAAAGACGCUCAGUGAGGAUGAGACUGAGGAUGAAAAGGAGACGGAUGAGGAUGGGAAAGAGACAGAGGAAACUGGAAGUGUCUGUCCAUGGAUUCAUGGCUGUGAACAGCCAGACCCAUCUUCAGGGAAAACUGAAAAUCCCAGAAGUGAAAGUGUCUCAGUUAAAGUGGGAAACCUGGAGGAAUUUGCUUUCAGACCUGCUCCACAAGGAACGGUUAUAAAAUGUCGGAUCACCAGAGACAAGAAGGGGAUGGACAAGGGGAUGUUUCCAACCUAUUACCUGCACAUGGAGAGAGAGGAUGAGAAAAAGGUAUUCUUGAUGGCUGGGCGAAAACGCAAAAAGAGCAAAACAUCGAAUUAUCUCAUUUCGACUGACCCAACAAACCUGUCCCGCACAGGAGAGAGCUUCAUCGGAAAGUUGAGGUCCAAUGUCCUUGGGACUAAGUUCACUGUGUUUGAUAAUGGAGUCAAUCCAGAGAAGACGCCCAUGGUGCCAGAGAAUGUGACUCUUCGGGAAGAGAUAGUAGCUGUAUGUUAUGAAACCAACAUUCUUGGAUUUAAAGGACCACGGAAGAUGACGGUGAUUAUCCCGGGAAUGAAUCUGGACGGUGAGAGAGUUUCCAUUCGACCCAAGAAUGAACAUGAGACUUUGCUGACACGAUGGCAGAAUAAAAACAUGGAAAAUAUAAUCGAGUUGCACAACAAAUCUCCCACCUGGAAUGAAGACACUCAGUCUUAUGUCCUGAACUUCCAUGGUCGUGUGACACAGGCUUCUGUGAAGAAUUUCCAGAUUAUCCAUUCUAAUGACCCUGAUUACAUUAUUAUGCAGUUUGGCCGGGUCGCUGAUGAUGUCUUCACUAUGGAUUAUAACUACCCGAUGUGUCCCAUUCAGGCGUUUGCAGUGGCCCUAUCCAGUUUUGACAGUAAACUGGCAUGUGAGUAAUCCUCACAAACUGCCAGCAGACAGGAACUGGACAAAAUCAGUCCUUGAAUUUUCCAAGACCAGGAACGUAGGAGAAGAUACAAGCACCAGGAGCUGUGUAAUACAGAGAUCCAGGAAUAUGCUGCAGAUUUUUCAGAAUCUCUGACUCUAAAUCUGAGACAAUGUUUGAAAAACGGUGUCAGAAAU